CGCGCGUGUCGUUGUAUUGCAUAAUUUGAAAGCCGUUUAAAAUGUAUCAAAAGCAACUUUAAAGAAACAUAUGCAUAAGAUUCAACUUAGCACAAUAAUCCUCAAAAUGACUGAAAGUUUUUUGCUUCGUUUCUUGAAGACCGAGUGUCACACACACCACUUGAAGUUCCCUUAUUAAUGCUUCGUUGGACACCAAACACGACCUUUUUAAUGUUAUUUCGGAUUUAUUUCGCCCUAAAUAACUUAACUUCUAACUGGUAUUAUUUCUAAAUACUAAUGCAUCUGAUCAAACAUCAGGUUAUACUUUAGUAGUGUUUGUUUGUACCAGUCAUCAGUGAGCGAGAUUUGGUCUUUCUCCGAAGAUGGCGUCGUCCUCCUCAGCUGAGGGCAUGUCCAUCACUAAGGGAGGAAGUAUAUUAGUAAAAGUUGAAGAUCUCACUGGAGAAUUGAUUUCUGUCAAGCUUAUAGAUGGGGAUAAAAUCUUCCGUGGAAUUUUACUGCAAGAAACUAUUGGGAAAUUCAAUGAAUAUGGGACAAAUUUAGAAAGAAUAACUAGUGCACCAUUUUGGCCUCCUUUAAGUGGAACAGCAUCAGGGAUAAACCUCAAAACUAUUCCUUGUUCAACUGAACGUUAUUCCUACAAAUUGGAAGGCCAACCCUCAAAUCUAAAUGUCUUCCAGCCUGAUCCAACAAAACGAAGCCAUCGAAACCAACCAGCUCCACAAUUGUCACGAAUAUUACGACCUCGGCGAUUUGUUUGUCGAAAAUGUAAAAAAGCAUUCCAUUUAGAAGAACAUGGUACGGAACUUUCCUCUUCCUUCCUCACUGAUCAGAUAGAUCGUCGCACUUCGGAUUCAUCUGCCCUAAAUUCAGACAACGAAAUAAAUCAUUAUCUUCCUAAAAACAACUUUUCUGACCAAAUUACACUAGCGACACUCAAUGGAAAUUCUCAGUCUAUUCGCCACGUCACUCCACCAAUCAUCCCCAAACUAAAUGAAGAAAUGAAGAUAAAUGUGGAUGAUUCGUCAAAAUCAGAAAUUGAUUCUAGUUCUGAUAUACGCUCAAAAUCUAAAAAGCAUUUUAUUUCUGAACAGUCGACUAAGACUCCAGAAUCGUUAGAACCGAAAUUAGUCAUGUCGAAGAAACGGAAAGUCGAUGUUAUUCCCGAUAAGCAAAAGCUGAAGAAGAUUAGACUAAGUUCUCAGAAACUCACUGAACCGAUUAAUGUUAGUAAUACAGUCCUGGUCGCAACACCACCUGUCGUUAAUCCGGAUUCAUCUGACCCUGCAGUACCUUCAUCGGAGGAAACCAAAGAUUUUCCUACUUCUCCAAUCCUAGUCGGUAAGACAGAUUCUGUUGAUUCUCUUUCGUCUCAGGAACAAACUCGUAAGAAUCGAAUCAAAGCUCAAUACGUAUCUGUCACCUCUCCAUUUCGUUAUCCGUUUGGGAAAAAAACUAGAAUCUCUUCCAAACAAGAAAUUGGAAAUAUCAACUCGACUAGUGAUAGCAGAAUAAAAGUUGAAUCAAACGCUACUCGCAAAGGUUCUGAAAAAUCAGAAAUAAUUUCAUUAACAUCUUCAAAAACGAAUCUUGGCGUACGAAAAAACUCUCGAUACCGUACUCGUACUCAGCUGAACCCACUUUCUGUCACUUUGGAUUCACUGGGUCCUUCUUGUUCUGUGAAAGAUUUAGAAAGUCGUUCAGAAGUGGAUGAAAUUCUACCUAGUGAUUCUCUUGAUGGUGAUUUUCCACAAAAAGAAAAUAUCCCAAAUAGUAUAAGCCCACGCCUGUCAAGCCCAUCUAAGGAGAAGCAUUCUGCUUCCGUACAGUUAACUUGUAAAACGUCUACGUAUGGACACAAUUCUGCCUCAAACAAUUUUGGGAUUUCUAUGAGUGAGAGUAAUUUCUCUCCACAAAGUCGACGUAAAGCUUUUGAUUACGAAAAACCAAAAAACAGAUGGAUGCGUGAGGCACGAGCUAGAAGGUGUCAAGAUGAACGAAACAGUAAUCCUAGUUCCACUGCAGCAAGUCAUAUUUCAACUUCAUCCAAUAAUACAGAUACGGAAAACUCUGCAUCAUGUAAUGCACAAUCUCCUAGUUUAAACCGACUGCGAAUUCGGUCAGGUGAUGGAUCUAGUGUUAGUCCUAGCGAAAGUACUUUAAAAAGUAAUAGCAAUGUAUCUUCUAAGGUUAAGUUGCAUAAUGGGUCGUUAAACAGUCGUAACAUUGAAUCAGGGGACGCUUCACAGUCCGAGAAAUAUUUGGACAUAACUGACCAAAAGUCUACAUCUCAUGUGUCUCCAUGCUUGACCCCGACAAGUGAUAGUUCUGGUCUUGCCCUUCCUGUAAUAAAGAUUAAAAUUAAUCGGAAUAGACAACCUUCUGGGUGUUCAAAAACUGUACCGACGCAAUAUGAAGUUGUCAAGUUACAGACUGGUUCACAUCUAGAAUUAGCUACUUCGGCUUCUAAAGUUGUGAGUGAAGAAAAUAGUUCAAUAGCGAAUGCGAAUCCAUCUGCUUUGAAGUUAGACAUUCUUUGCAAUGGUUUACGUUCACCGUCACCGUCACCAUCCGCCAGUUCUUCAAAGAAGGGAUCUACAUGCGAGAGUUUAAUAAUAUCAGGUCCUUUAGUAAAACGCUGUAAGUUACAUGACGGCAUUGUUUUUCGUGUCGGUGACCUAGUUUGGAGCAAACUUUCAGGAUGGCCUUACUGGCCUGCACAGAUUACUAGCAUACAACGUGUAGUUGCCAAUGAAGUUGAUUUACCGAAUUCUGAACAAGUACGCCCCGUCGUGGAUUUCCAAGAACAAUCAUCUCCACUUUUAACAUCAGAGCAGGUUUGUUAUACUGCCUGUCUUCAUUGGUUUGCUUGGAAUCAGGUGUCAUACAUGCCAUGUGAUAAAUUAUUUCAUUUCCUAGAACAUUGUAAACGAUUUGAUAACAAAAAGAAACGUGGAGUUUUUCGUCAGGCAGUUAAUGAAGCAAAACAAGCGGCAGAAAAAAGGCAAGAAACUCACUCUACUGAUAGUGAAAGUGAAUGGGAUCACGAAGUUUUUAGCAGCACAAUACAUCAACAAUCUUUAUCUCAGCCAUCUGAAAUAUCUGUUCUCGAUGAUGCCAAACAGUUGGAGGUUUCACAAACUGCAUCAUCACUAUCCAUUCCCGACAUAAACCUUGGUGUAGAAGUGAACGCGACCACAAAGCGAAGUAAACAUCUAAAUAACAAAGUAAGAAAAAACAAAACCAAAGUCUCUUGUGAGAAACAAGAACCUUCGAUGUUAUGUCCAUCAGUUUUUGAUUCUUCGAAUGUAUCCUUAGGUCAAAGUACCUAUAAUAACAUAGACGGGGAAGUCACUGCGUCUAUAGAAUCAAAAUUACAUGUGAUAUCUAAACGUAGAUCAAAGCAGCAGACUAAAAAUAAGGUUUAUGCUAAUACUUCUGAAGAUAAAAAGUUGUUGGUAGAAGAGUACAAUUCUUCUUUAACAAAUAAUAAAUCUAAUGUUCGUUUAAAAAUCAUUCUUUCGAAACCGAAAUUGAGAAGUAAGCUCAAGUGUGCUGAGGUUUUGAGCAAUAAUGCACAAAAUUCUUUUGAAAAUGAAGUUAACAAUUCUUCUUCAUUACCGAAUCUAGAUGUCCCAAUUACUAAUAACAAAAUACAUCAAAUUGUUGAAAAUUCAUCAAAAGAAGACACAGAAAGUCCAUUUACUUCAGGGAUUAUUCCUGAAUCAAAUAUAUCAACUACCGAUCCACAAGACUUUGAUAAAACAUUUAGUGCCACACAUUCAGAACUCCUAACUCAAUUCCCACAUGUAUUUCCGGAUCUCAAAGUUUCAGGUAUUCUAUCCGACACAGUCGAUAUACCUACAUUUUCUGAGGAUGAAUCUGAAGAAGAAGAUGCUGGUCGUUUGAUUAUUGAUCCUGAUGUAAUGGCUUCAGUCAACGUUCCCUUAUCAACUGGUAAUCAUCAUUACAUCACCGAGACUUUAAAACAGGAUCCGGAUAUUCUUCGAGAAGAUUUAUACAGUCUUUCCUCCGAUAAUAUGUCCUAUAACCAUGAACUAUCAUCUCAAGCAUUUGAUAGUAUUCAUCCAUACUCUCGAACGUCUUCAACUACUCUUACACAACCGUCGAUGUCGAAUUUUGGUAAUCCAGUUUACUCAUCAUCCGAUUCAUUUACUCAUUCUUUCAAUUCCUCAACAUAUUCAAUGGAAUGUCUAAUAUCUCAACCAGUUUCAGUUUAUCCAACACAUAAUCAGUCAUUGACCCAAACUGUUGUGCCAAGAUUAACAACUCCACCUAUUUUGGCGUCAUCUACUGUAUCGAACCUAUCAGUACCCAGUAGAAGUGCUUAUUUUCAAUCUAACCAUCUUAAUGUUCCAUCAACUACAACGCAUAACGUGUCCUAUGUUACUACUGAGUACUCAACAUUAUAACUAUACAUCUCAUCAACUGACAUCACCCAAUAAUUAAAAUGGAAUCUACGAUUCACUUCUAGCUGUUACUUGAAAUGAUUCAGUACAAAUCAUUGUAAAAUAUGGUUGUAAUUUUCAUCAUAGAUUUAUGUGCUUAACUAGUAUUUCCAUAUAUUAUUUCAUUUCUACUGUAUAUCUCCCUUCCAAAAUCUCUUCAGUAUGAGUUAAUUAUUUUUUCUUUUAACAUUUGGAUUUAAUUAAUCCCUCCCUGUGAUGAUGAUCUUGGCGUUUAACAUUAGUCAGCACCGAUUUUUUUCUCUUACUAUUAUUUCUUUGGGACAAUAAAUGAAAACCAUUAUUAGACUUUCGUCCAGACAACAUUUAACAAAAGCAUCUGUGAAAUGAUGAUAUAAUACCUCUUGUUUAUUCUUUUGUAUAUUUUAUAUAUAUAUUUAUCUCAACGCCUCUCCUCCGCUCUUUCUUCCUUGCUUGUGAUUUGUGAUGUUUCUGAACACCAUGUGUACAUAUAUACAUAUUUAUUCAAUAGUUAACAUUGCUUUAAAUUAUCUCCUGUUACCGUUAUUUUCUAAAAUCAUUGUAAAUUAUUAACUUCCUUGCUUAAGGUUCUGGGUGCGUGUGCAUAACCCCUUAGGAUUCGUGAGUUUACUUAAAAUACUGUCUUCCUUUUUGUUUUUCUGUUUUUGACUUUGUCUAAUCUCAAAUAAUUUCCGCGGUUUACACGUUGAAUUUUGAUGGUUGACACUGCUGUUGUUGUACGUAUAUUUGUCUUAUCUUUUCUGUCGUGCGUCAUGUCGCUACUAGAGAACAGGUGUAUGGUGAUUUGUCGAAUUUCUACACAUUUAUUUACUAUUUUAUUAAUACUACGGUAAACUAUGUAAGAGAUGUGGUACAAUGUGCAUCGAUUCAAUUUCAUACACAUUGAAAAUAGCCUUUAGAGACUAAGAACUAAUUAAUGGAAACAAUAAUUGGAAUAAAAUAAUAGUGAGAUAAUUACUGUCAAUCAGUAGUCGCAAAAUUGAAUUAAUCGUAUGUUCAAAAUGAGAUGAUUAUUUUUGUUAAAAGAUUAAAAUUUGAUGAUGGGGAUCUUUAAACGAUUAUUUUUAUUAGCUUCGUGAUUCAACGUCAGUUUUAGUUUUACUAGUCUAACUGUUGGCUUCAAAAAUGUACAUGUGUAAUAGUGUACACUUGCGGUUGAAAUUAAGAUAACUGGUGUAAACUGUCAAGUUGGAUUCAUUUCAAUAAACAGCCACUUAAGUCCUACUAACAGUGGCAUUUCUAGUGGCCCGUGGAUCUGACUCCUAUCGUAUGGAUGUUUGCUAUCGCCGAUUCUCGUUUAUCAUCGACUUUAAUCACGUUAGUCAAUAACGGAAUCAAAUAAGUCAAAUAACGAGAAUGGGAUUUUGAAUACAUAUACUUUGUAUAUAAGGUGAAUGGAAUAGCAGGAAGAGAAGCGAUGCGGGGUGGAGAUCGCUGGUGAGCCAACUCAUUUUUAGUCAGGCGUCAGCCAAUAUUUAUAGGCAGACAAAAAUAAGCUACAGACAUGGGAUAAGAAGUGUACACACAUAUAUGCUCACAUAAAAACAAUGAAGACUGGUAAGCGAAUAACUAACAUGGUCAACAUAUGACUCAAGUAGAAUGAAUAGAUUGGUCUGUCCGAAAACUAGAAUAAGGUAAAUGGGCUUAAAAUAAUAACUGACACUACAUAUUUACAUAUUCGAUCAUGCUAAGACUUGAUCUGGGUGAGUAAUGUACCUUACUCGCUAGUCUCAUGUUGAUAAAUGUCUUAGAUAUCCAUUGUUUUGCAGGUGUUUUUUGUAUAAUGAAAGAUUUACUCUGGCAACUACUUUUGUGGUGGAAUUAUAAGUUGCUCGGUAGUACACUUAACUUGCAAUUAUCGGAUUACAGGGUCCGAUCCCGCCUAAUUUAAUUCAGCUAGCCAACAGGGAUUGUUAGUCAAGACAAGGUAUAUCAUAGCUUAAAGUCCAGUGUGCGGGCCCGUAACUUAUUUUUCAACAGAAAUUUCAUAUUUUCCUUUAGAUAACUAAAAAUUUCAGUUAAUAAGUGAUGAAUAGUAUGUCGAAUUAAUAGGUCCAUAAGUAUAUUCGACUAAAAAACAUUAAGAAAUUUGUCUUAUUCCGCAUCACUUCAUCCUAAGUUUCUUAUCGUAAUUGUGUUUUUCAUUGGCUAAAUAAUUUUUUAAUGUAUCUUACUGUUAGCAUACAAUAUUUUGAUGUCUAAUGCAUAAUGUAAGCGCUGAUGUUCUACAGGUCUCCGCCUCAUACAGUAGGACUAUCUUGACAUUUGUUUUGAAAAUUCUGACCUUGGUGUUGGUUGACAAUUGUUUUGAGUUCCAGAUGUUCUUCUCUUGCUUUACCGAUUCGCGCCUUCACAUCUGCAUCAGAUCCACCGUCAAUGUAAGGGUUUUUACAUCUUCCAAAGCUUCUUCGUCAAGUGUGAUUCGAUUGUUGCAUGCUGUGUUGUGUCGGAGAAUCUUGCUUUUUCCUUUGUGUAUGUUGCGACCUGCUGAGGCUGCUGCUACACUGGUCGUCUUUUCCUGCAUUUGUUGUUGCAUGUGCGAUAGAAGAACCAGAUCAUCUGUGAAGUCUAUAUCGUCCAGCUGCAUCCAAGCUGUCUACUAUAUCCCAUGCUUCCCCUCAGAUGUUGACAUCUUCAUGAUCCAGUUGGUCACCAGGAGAAAGAAAAAGGGUGAGAGUAAGCAACCUUGCUUAACACCGGCCUUUACCUCGAACGAGUCUGUCAGUUGUCCUCCAUGCACGAUUUUACAGUUUAAUCCAUUAUAGGAAUUCCGUAUGAUAUUGACUAUCUUCUCAGGCACGCCGUAGUAUCGAAGAAGCUUCCAUAGUGUUGUCCUGUCCAUGCUAUAAAAUGCUUUCCCGUAGUCAAUGAAGUUUAUGUAGAGUGAUGAAUUCCACUCAAUUGAUUGUUCCACAAUGAUCCACAGUGUUGCGAGUUGGUCUUUACACGACCGAUCCUUACGGAAUGCGGCCUGUUGGUCUCGAAGUCGGGCGUCUACAGAGUCCUUCAUUCUGUUUAACAAUACCCUGUUGAGGACUUCCUGGUAUUGAGAGGAGUGGUGCCCCUGUAGUUAUCACAGUUGCUGAGAUCGCCUUUCAUUGGCAUUUUGAUCAGGGGUCCUUUUUUCCGGUUUGUUGGUACCUGUUCUUCAUCCCAAGUCUUGCUGAAGAGAAUGUGAAGUAUCCUUGCAUUUACUGUUACAUUUGCAUUCAGUGCCUCUGCUGGAAUGUUGUAUGGUCCUGCUACUUUGCCGCUCUUGAUUUGUCUGAUGGCCAUGCUGAUCUCUUCAAUUGUUGGUGGUCCAACAUAGAUUGGGAGGUUUGUGUGUGCCUCUUCGAUGUUGGUGAUUACUUUGCCUUCCUUACUUUUCACUGAUUUACGAUAAUUUCCAGCGAGUCUCUCUGUUGUGUCAUACAAUUGUCUCAUGUGUCCUUCUCUUGCAGCCUUUUCCACCGUCAUUGCUAAAUCCUCCACAUAUUUACGCUUGUCAGUUCUGAUGCUCCUCUUCACUCGUUUGUUUACUUUUGUGUAUUCAGCUUGUGCCUUAGCUUUUUCUGCUCUUGUUCGUCUGGUAUUGAUUGCUGCUUUCUUAUUUCUCCGUUCUUGAAUGUUUUACAGUGUAUCAACAGUGUUCCAUUUCUUGUGGCCCAGAACCUUAUGACAUGUUGAAGUUAUUGGUUCUUUUAUCCCUUUCCAGUUGCUCUCCAUAGUAAUUCCUUCUCGAUUGAGUGAAUCACGAAAGGCCUGGAAUCCAUUGCUGAGGACUAUCUUGAAUUCGUUGAGUUUGUUAGUAUCCCGAAGAAAAGCCGUAUUAAACUUUUGUGAUGUUGUUUGCCCCGUUGUCCAGUGCUUCUUGAGUUUCAAUUUCAUUUUGGCGACCUGCAAGUGAUGACCUGGUGCUAUGUCUGCUCCUCUCUUGGUUCUCACCUCCUCUAUUGUCCUCCUGAACAUUUUAUUGAUGCAGAUAUGGUCGAUUUGGUUCUGCGUAGUGUGACACGGUGAACUCCAUGUGGUUUUGUGUAUGCGUUUGUGCGGGAAUAUAGUGCCGCCUAUGAUAAGUUUGUUGAAGGCACAUAGAUUUGCAAAUCUCUCACCAUUUGCGUUCCUUUCUCUCAGUCAAUGUCGUCUCAUGAUGUCUUCAUAUCCGGUGUUGUCCAUUCCAUCCUUGGCAUUUAGGUCUCCCAUUAGAAUGGUCAGAUCUCUAAUAUAUAUAUAAAAUUCGCUUUCGCAAUGAAUUAUGAACGGUGGCGAGUCAUCGUGUUGUUGAACGGAUUCAUAAUGUAGUUUUUUAAGGGUAAAUUUUAGUGUGGCCACUUAAUUCUUAUUUUACUUAGUUGACGUUCCUAUGCGAGCUUAUAAAUAUGACAUAUGAUUACAACAGAAUUCAGCUAUAUCAGUAGUUACAUUCAACUUGAAGGUGUGUAGUCAUUUCCUGUUCAAGUGUUCUUCAGUUUUAUUUAUUUAUUUAUCGCUGAAUGAUAUUGGGUGAUGUUAUCUAUAUUGUCUUCUUGGUGAUAUGUAUGUUAUCAGUUAACAACUUUCCAGUAAGACUAGUUGGCUCACCAUUCUUUACGAAAACAUAUGCAUUAUUGUUUAUUCAUGAUGAUAAUUUCUACUCUUGGGUUUUUCUCGAAAGUAUUUUCCGUUUCAUAUCGAAGUGAGCAAAAACCUCUGAGUUUAAGAUGUUUUGUAAAUAUCUUUGAAUUAGCAACCAUAAAUUUUCGAUGAAAAAUUAUUGCCUUACAAACACGUGUAUCCUUCAGUAACAAAUGGUUACGAAAUUAGUUAUAUUAUGAUUUGAUUAAUGGAGAUCUGGAUUUAUCUUCCAUGUCAUAUAAAAUAGUCUCAAACAUGAGUUUGUUUUAUGUUUUUAAAACUGUUCUCUAGUCGAUAAAAAUGUAAUUGAAUCUAUCUUCAUGUUGAUCUAUUGCUACAAAUAUGUGAAUUCCAUCGAUAACUUCCACAACGAUUCUCAUCGCUUCAGCAACUUCAGAAGACCUUUCUUGUUAAGACUUAUUGGACGAGUUCAACAGAGAUCGAGUUUACAUAUAAGUUUACUCGGUUAUUGUUAAUUACAGAGUUCUGUGGUUGAGUAAUUUUCACUAAAUACAAAAUUAUGGUGAAAUAAUCAGUACAACAGAAAUUCAUAGUUAUUAAAAUGACUAAGUACAACUGACAUACACUGGUAGUUAAUAAGAAAUUAAAAAGGUCCGUUAAAAUCUGAAUAAUAAUCGCCUUAAGUCGUUAUGCAAAAUCGGGAUUUGCUGAAUACAACUGGUUUACAGAGUGUUCUUUGGCGAGACUAAUUUAUGGACGAGCUAAUCAGAUCUCAGGUAAUAGAUAUUGCGUUUUGGCUCGAAAUCCAUUUAUCCAUAUGGCCAAGUAGCAUUUUGGCAUCAGUUCGUGAUGAAAACUUUAUUGCUAACUCGAACGUACAACUUUGAAUCUAAAUCCUAGUUCUACACAAAUUUUUAAUCCUUGUUAGUAAACAUCUUCAAGGUCCUUCAACCUUCGCUCUAAGCCUAUCUGUAGAUUGUAGUCUCGUUCUAUUCUUCUAUUCUGUUGGCUAUGACCCCUUUUCGUCUAUCCAAUGAGAAACUACUACAUUCCUCCGAGUAAACGAAGCAGCACAACUUUAAAGUUUUGUCGGAAUAAACUAACUAUGGUUGAUACAGGCAGGAAUCAAUCACUUGCACAUGCAUUUAAAAUAUCUUUGAAAAUACAGAGAACAUAACAAGGGUGUUUGAUCAUGAUUUUAAUGUUUCCCGUUGAAAGUGAUGGUUGGAUUCUCAGUUUGUUCUGGAAACCCAGUAUCGCUACGCUGUCCAACUGCGUUCUGGUUCCGGUGAGUUAUCGAGCUGGUGGUUUUUGAGUUGUAUUUUAUUGGUGUGUUAAUUUAAUAAGUACUGAGGCUCAGCUAAUUUUGAUAUAAAACGAUACAAUCGAAAAACUUCAUUUCAAGCACUCAUAAUUUAUUUAAAAUUUUUCGAGGUAUAUUCCAUAUCCACUUUGUUGAUCAGAUACAUCUCGUGAUGGUAUUGGUUGUCUCGCCAACUGCCAUGGAAUAAAUAUCUCAAUUUUGCAAACCACAAGUAAUGGUCCGAAUUUGUGCUAUUUUUCCUAUAGCAUUAUCCUACAUGAAUCCUGGCUACUUUGUAUGUAAUUUUCCACUCACAAUCAGUGAGCAAAAUGGAAUCUAGCAUGUUAAUUCGAGUUCCUAUAACACAUUAGCAUAGCGAGAUGAGAUUGUCAAGAUAAAUAUCGGAGUAGUGGAAUGAUAACUGUAACAAUGGCUGUAGGAAACAUGAUUCAAGAAGGACUGUUUUGUGAAAUAGCUAAUAUUGAGACCAUUUUAAUCUCAUGAUCUAACGGUAGACGAGGAGUGUGUCCACAUCACUGCACCUUAUCACCUAGAAUAAAUCAUAUACAAUAGGAAUACUAGAUUUUCAAAUUAUUUUCUCCAUCCUGAAAGUGUUUCUAAUGACAUUAAUUAAUGAAUUACCAAAUUCUUGUCGUAAUCAUGUAAGUAAAAUGUGAUAAUCAAAUGUAUAGUAUUGUAAUCAAUUAUCACGUAAAGGACAAUAUACAGUGAAUUUUAAUCUGAAAUGCAUGCUUGGAACAUUGAUUUAAUCUAAAAUCUUAAGAAGUGUUUUUACGUUUGAUGUAACUAAACUAUAGGAAUUCUAACAAUACAUAUUAUCAAGUUUUUCUAGUUUACAAAAGCAAUGCCAUUCGUACAAUAUACGAUUUGUGUACAACUGGAAUGAAUAAGUAACUCCAACAAUAUCUUCAUUUUAAGCAGAGAUGGAUGGUGGUUAGCAGCGGAAUCAGGGACUAGUGUUCGUCCUGUUUGUGACUCGUCAGUUGAAUAUACAUACAUCCUAGAGUUGUUCACCCCGCGACUUGUGACUUACUAGCACUAUCGAUGCAAUCUGCACAGGAUGCCAAAAGAGACCGAUCACUUGUAAUCCUAAACAUCAAUGAAAAGAUCCAGACAACCAAUAUAUAUGAAUUAACGUUGAUUUUUAAAAUGUAGUUGCUGCACAAUAUUUGUGGAGACUGUUGAAUUUCAUAGUUUACAUCACGAACUGACUUCCGUUAGCUCUUGUUAAACAGAAAGAACUGAAGAGUUGUCUCGCCCUGACAUGGGAUCUCUCAGCCAUAAGCUCUAGAAAACCAAUCGGUGAUCGAAUCCAGGACCUUUUAGUCUCGUACACAAACUCCUAACCCAUAGACCACCGAGGCAGCAUCGAAUUACUUAUAUUUCUAGCUCCAAUUAAUUUACAAUAUUGCUUAAUUCUUAUUCAAUGUCAUCGGCAGUGUCUCACUCUCAGCGGAGUUGAAGUCCACUCGUCACGACUCAAUAGAACUACAAAUUAGUGACGAGUGUAGAUUCGUAGACGUUGAAUUUUAUACUUAGUACUGCACAAUAUACUCAAUGUCCGUUGCCUGAUUACCUUCAGCAACAACCUAUUGUGCGAAAAAGGAACCAGCUUCCAAAUGAGGAGGAAAUGACGGAGUUUAACAGAACAAACAUUGCGGAAAUCAUCAAACUGCAUCACGAGGCAAGCGCUCAAUUGGGAUCCUGAAGGGAAACGGAAAAGAUGGAGGCUGAAGAACACACUGCGUCGAGAAUUUAAUGCAGACAUGAAAAUGGUGAAUGGUAACUGGGAAAGAUUGUCCAGGGUAUGGUUGGGUAGAGAAUGCUGGUGGACGGCCUAUGCUCCUACACGAGGGUUAAAAGGCGUAAAUAAGUAACUACAAAACAUCUCUCUGAGAUGAAAAUUAUGAUGACUCAAACCUGAUGUAUGUGAUAUAUGAAGUCUAGUGAUAGUACACAGCUGGAUAAUUCAAACCAAAUUCUAAAAUAUUGAGGAAGAAUAUAUUUGUAAAAUCUCAGACAUUGAACUUUAAGUAAAUUCGGAUGAUCAAGCGAAUGCAGCGAAAGUUAAAAUCUCAGCUGUAUUAUUAAAUCAAAAACUUAAUGCUCCUUAAGUACCGAAAGAAGAAAUAGAUACCAUAAAACAACUGACAGAAAAAUUGUCAUUAUAACAAGGACAAAGGUAUCAAUACUGUUGUCUAUCAGCAAAGAUCCGAGUAAUCAUCUCCAGUAGGCAGUAGAACGUCAACAAUCAUCGACUGAAUCAUCCUGUAAACUAAAGUUUAUUCAGAUUCGACCUUGUUGUCGAUACCUCACAACAUGCAGCAGUAGAAAUAGGUAAUGAACUUUACAGUUUGAGGUCAUGGGGAUUUUUGAACUGAUCAAUGUUAGACUUCCAUUAGUAACCAGGAAGCACUGGACGGCCGUUUCGUCUUAUUACGGGGCUCCUCAGAAUUACGCAUCCCCGACUCUGCAACUUGGGUUCCCACCCAGCACCUUUGGUCCCACGCGCGAUCGUCUAACUCCUAGACCACUUAGCCGGCAUUCAACAGUGUCAAUGUCUGACUUUAACCAAUCCACAAUGUCGCGCGGUCAUCUUCCAUUAUCUUCAGUAGAUAACUUUUAGAUGGUGGUUGGAGGUAGUCAACAGGAAACCCUGGACCCGGGUUUCGUGCUACUUGGCACUCGUCAGCAAGGUGUACCUGUAAUCUUGAGGGAACUGGUACUCCCUGGAGGAUAGGUCUUGAUUUUUGCUCUUUAUUUACUAAUGUUCCUAUUAGGAAGGUUUUAGAUAUUGUGUAUAUCUCUUAGGUUCUGACACAGAACUUAAAUAACGAUGUCCAUUUGGUUUCCCAGGCGUUACUGGAUCUAUGUCUGUCUUCAACAUUUUCCGGUUUUUGAGAUUUGUGCACACGUGCAAGUGUGGCUCUGGGAUCAACGGUUUCUCCAACUGUCGCCAACUUUGAUGAAUAAUUAUCCUAAGGAUUUUAUUUAAAAAUAUUGGGAAAAAAGAUAGGGUAAAUGUAAACCAAAGGAAUGGGUUAACACGGUAGUGGUCCCAUAUCGUAAAGGAAUUUCAGUAGAGAUCAGCAGGAUCCUAAAUCUUCGAAAUAUAAAAGUAGUCUUUCGAACAAAGAGCACUCUGAGAUCUAAACUAGUAAGAAUCAAAGAUCCAAUACAAGAAUCCUACAAAAAGGUUUUAGUUCUUACAAAGAAAGAUUAACAACGGAGGCCCUAUACAUAUGGACAUAUACAAAUAGUAUUAAUAGAAGAGAUGGAAUACGAAUAGCUGUCCCAAGGCAACUAAUAAUAAAUACUUAAAACUAACAGUUGCAAGGGAUGCGUAAUACGGCCUACCCACUCGUGAUCUGGUGUGGAUGGGUGACCGAGCGCCUUCAGCUGUGUGCAGUAAAACUUAUGAGUUCAGCAUGAAAUGUCGUAGAAUUACAAAACCAUAUAUUUUGAUGAUGUAUUUACCGCUACACAUUUAUCUUUAGCUUAUUUAUCUUCAUUUUAUGCUUGACUCAUAUCAUAUAUAAAAAUCAUAUGUUGUCUUCGGAAAAUUCACCGAUCCAAUGCGGUAAAUAGUCAAUAAGAUUUGUUCUCAUGUCUCAGAUCUACAUAGGAAUACACACAAUCUGUUAUCCUAACCAGCUUCUCGUUACACACCACAUGUCUCAUAUGCACUACAGCAAAUACUUUGAGCAUUGAUAACAUGAUUUGGUAACCCACUUAAUAAACAGUUAACCGAAGAACUAUAUAAUAAUUUGUAUUCAACAAUUUUGGUUGUAUUUCCUUGGAAAUGCUUGGACCGGAUUGCUGAGCGAAACGUUGAAUUUAAUAAAAAUUUAGUCGCUGAGAUUUUAUAGAUAUAUUGUUCCUCCUUAAUGUCCUACGUUAACUCGGCACCCAAAUAUUGUGAAACCAUUCGUUCAAAUUUAGACUGAGGUUUUUAUAUCUUAACGACUGCUUACAAACAUUUAUAUAUUCCUCUAAAAUAGUUUAAAAUGUUUUUCGUCUCCUAAAAAUUCUAACAAUUGUUCUUUUAUUUGCAAAAAUAAGUUUUAUUAUUAAAGAGACAUUAGUUCUAACGUGGACAAAAACACGGACUUCGAUCGGUUUUUCGAACAUAGGUGACUGAUGGUCGACAAGUUCAAAGACUUCAUCCAAUAGUCCAUCUUUAGAAAUGAUGUGAUUAGCAAUCAUGUAGGAAAGAAGCAUUGGUUCCUAUUUGAUUACAGAUCCUUUUCAUUGAAGGGUUUCAACUGACACGAAACUUUUGUGUAGAGCAUUCAGUAACCUGAUCAUAACCAUAUCGGAACAUAUUGGACACGGUGUGAAACCAUUUGGACUAGUGAAUUAGUGCCAAUUAGUCGUCCAAAUUCGUCAAACACGAUGGACUAGAUAGAGGAAGUUUUAUAAACUAUCCAGUCAUCAACUAGUCUACUGGAGUAGUAUAUGACAUUGAUUAAGAGUGAGAUUUAUGAUUUAUACUAUGUUCCGUGCAAUAAUUCUAAAAUUGAAUGUUUAUGAGAUAAAUUGAAUUUCAAAGUAAUAACGACAACUCUAAACGUCAUAAUUUAUUUACACCAACCCAAUGAAUUUUAACGCUCAACGUUUGUUAUUAUGGCCUUCAGUUUUCAUUUUGUUGGGUAAAAAAUGUAAUUGAUUCAGCUGGUGUGAUUAUUCAUUAUUGCAUUUUAUGAGUCAUAAAGCGGGUAAUCAAACCAAUGAGAUACAAUCAAAAUAAAGAAGUAAACAAUGACAGGCUAAAGGUCAACAAUAACCGAUCGAGGUCUACAGGACAAGCUGAGUCAUGUGAAUAAAUUCGAACACUUUACUUCUACUUGAGGUUUGUGCUGAUGUCGUUUAUAAGAGCGAUGAAGGCGCCACGACCAAAUCAUCCAGCUCAGAGAACAAAAUCACCCACCUGAGCUACAAAUCACCAUCUCGAAAUCGCAGUUAAUAAAUUGUGACCAACUAUACUUUUGUAUCCAUAAAACCAUUUAGAGUCAUAAAGGUUUUAUUAUCACAAUGAAGUUUUCACUCGGGUUACUUGCGAUGUUCAAUGCACAAUAGACGUAAAAUAUAAAGCUCAUUUACAAUUGGUCAGCUAUAUGCAAUGUGCUUGUUCGAUGUGUGUAUAUCUCAAUUGGUUAGAUUCGCACGAAAAUAAACCAGUCAUGUCUCAUAGUAAUUUUUUUGGUUGAGAUCAUGAGUCAAUUGAUGUUAGACCACCGUUGGAAACCUGGAAGCACUUGACGGCCGUUUCGUCCUAGUAUGGGACUCCUCAGCAGUGCGCAUCCACGAUCCCGCACCCCGCGGGAUUCGAACCCAGGACCUACUGGCUUCGCGCCUGAGCACUUAACCAUUAGUAAUGCUUUUCAAGGUCAAUUGAGGCAACGACACAAUUGAUAUUAAGUUAAAGAACUAUUAAUAUUUGAGUUGUUCCCCUGAUUGUGUCAGAUUUGGCAAAUUACUCUCUUUAGUUUGUAAAGAAUUGUGUAUGAGUCAUCUGAAAUUUUAUUGUAUUUACAUCCUUACAUGUUGUUCUUCUCAAUAUCGCUGCCCUUAUGUGUUCUGUAUCAUUUCCAUCAAAAUAUUGACUUAGGUUCUAUAUUUAUACUACCAAGAGUCAAAAAUUAUGUUGAAAUAGAUUUCUGAUUCUACCCUGACUUAGUGGCAACCUAUCUGAUGCUUCCUUAUAAAGAUGAUCACCUUUAAAUUGGACAAGUUACUUAACUUGAUUCUUUUAUAGAAUUUUGUUUUUCUAGUCUAAUUUGAAGGAUAGUAUCCGCAAACAUUCUGUAUAUAUAUUGAUUGUAUCCUAACAUUAUACUGACCUAUAAAUACUUGAGACAUGCUGACUAAUUGACACUGGACAGUUUGCAUUCAUUUUUUAUACGAUGGAGACUAGUCUAGUCUCAGGUUUAUUUCCCAACAAUUAAAAAUCUGGUGAUUCUAGAUGCCAGUGUCAAUACCAAUUCAAUUACAAAUCGUUCUAAAUCUGGUGUUAAUCCAAUGCUAUUAUUAUUCCAGUCUAGUUGUGUCCAUUUAAUCCCAUUAUAAAUUAAUUUUUUGAUUGAGAUCCAACACCAAUCGGUUUAUGAUCUCAAUCAAAAACUUAACAAUCUCCACAACCUCUAUACUGAUAUAAACUAAUUUUUUAUAAUUACUGUUUGUGCUAGUGAAUUCAGUUACUGAAAUAUAUAUUCAAGAACAUCUGUAUUCUUGCUACUGUUUGAU